AUGCCAGUGCUGUUUGAUCAUAAGGAGUGCUAUGCUCUGAGUGAAGAAAUAACCUUCACUCAAGGUUCAGAGCCUAGCAUCUGGAGAUUGAGGUACUCCUCAUGUGAAACAGCCUCUUCAGGGAGCCAUUAUCGUUUAGUAGGAACUGAAGUUAGAAUUGGUAACGUAUAUACUAAUACGGAAACUGCACAGAAAUGCGGAAAUUCUGUUUCUAACAAACAAGUAGAAACAAGUGCCAUCGUUGAUCUGACUUGUGAUGAGCCGAUUUCAGGGCGAUAUUUAAUGCUAUGGCAUCCCGAUCAAAACGAAUUCUUAAACGUGUGUGAAAUCCGCGUUUACAGUGAAUAUGAACCGGAGAUAAGUGAGUGUAGUCACAGUCAAUCAUAUAGCGACUACCGAGGUCUAGUGUCAAUCACAGAGAACGGUCAUGUGUGUCAAAAAUGGUCAUCACAAUCACCUCAUACUCAUAACUAUGGGCCUUCCAAUGCUGACGAUAACGGUAUAGGGGAUCACAAUCUGUGCCGAAACCCAGACAAUGAGGACCGACCAUGGUGUUAUACCACUGACCCAGACACUCGCUGGGACUAUUGUGAUGUGGCAGAUGUAGGAGCAUCAUGUCCAAUAGAUACGAUAGUAGACGACCUGAACGCUGUUGCGAUUUUUGAACUUAACUGUGACUGUUUGACAUCUUGGUAUGCCUCUGAGAUUCUACUAACUAGGGAAGUAGACGCAACCUGCACAUCUGAUACUGACAACCUACAGCCCGUUAACACACUCAUCUCAGUAGAAAGUAACAGGUUUCAAGACACGAAUGCUUUAACUCUGGCAAUGUACGUUUACCCAAACGGAUCGUCUUCUGGUGAAAUUCUUUCCGCAGGUAGUGGUAACACACGUCUCAGAAUUGAACAAACCUAUUCCAACGGCUACUUGUUUCGUUCAGAAGUCACAGUCUUCUACGGUGAUCAACAGCUAACACGAGCUCAUGUACUUCUGCCGGAGGUUUGGACAUUCUUGGCAAUUACAUUCGACGGUACAAAUAAGAACAUAAAACUUUGGAGGGAUGGAGAGAUCGCCAGUAUAGGAUAUAUUGAUUUCACCAACCUUGACCUUUUUCUAAAUGAAUUCACCGUCAGAGUUGCCAGUGACAGUUUUUAUGCUAAAUUUGCCAUGUUGCAGAUAUACGAUCGUGUAUUGAAUGAAGCAGAAAUGAAAGCAGCGCGAGAUACAGCAUUUGAAAGUAAGACUAGAUUUUUUUUUAGCUCUAAUGAGGAGCUCUAGUAUACCCGGCUUAAUUGAUUAAUAGCUCUUUUUUGUGCUGAUUGCUUAAUAGAUAUUUUUAAUAGAUCUUUUUGUAUGUGGGUGGCCGUAGGGCCAAUAAUUAUUAUCAUAAAUAGCUCGAAUUAAUUAUGAUAAUAAUAUUAUUAGCUCAGAUGAGAAGCUCUUGUUGUUAUUACACAUAAACAGGAGAUAAUUUCCAACAAACUUUCAUGGCCCUUUUUUUAAGUUGGACCCCGGGGUGCCCCAUACACCUACAAAACAAAACUGGAGUUUCAGCAAGGACUUUAAAAUACUGCUAUAUUACCACAAAUAGGACACGUCGCAUGGAUGGCGCCGUCAUUUAACGAUCUAGAACUGAUAUUCCCUAAUCACAACACAAACUUAUUUCCAACACAACUUUAGAUAUACGGGCCCCUCUAUUUGGAACAAUUUACCAAUCCCAAUUACCAAUGCUGUUUCUGUCAGAGCUGUUUCUAAUAAACUGAAAAAAACACAUAAUCUCAUAUUACUAAAUUUUUCUGUGGUUGAAAUUCGUCAUGCUGCUUUUUCUCCCUUAUUUUUUUUUCAGUCCUGCCUAACACAAGGUGUUUUUAUUUUGCAAACAUCUUCUCGGGUCCUGGCCUUCUUCCAAUUUUUGUAUUACUUUGUAUUUGCAAUUUUGUAUUUCCU